AUGGAGCCAUCCCCGGCUAGCACGUAUGGCGACACUGUAGGAAGCAGCGUGCCUGCGACUCCGCUGGAUACUAAUAGUCAUGAUCUCUCAGCUGGGAUCACACAGUCUAUGCGCGCCGUGCAGCUCGAUCCAGCCAUCAAGUCAAUCUCUGCGUCCCCAAUCUCACCGCGUGAAUCGAAACACCAAGGUGUACAUGUUCCCUUUGGGUUUCCGCACACGACACCUUCGAAGAAAUCCGACACUGUUGUGAACCAAACGUUGUCAAGCAAUUCCUCACCUACUAAGCGUGCAGAAGCCAUUCGCUCUGCCCCUACUUGGCGUGGGGACCAGCAAAGUGAUUACAUGAAGCUUGCCCAUGAUCAUCCUGACGACCCCUUUGUCGCAGGCAGCAGUAGUCAGCAACCUUCCGAGUCUACAGCACGUUUAGCAUGCCAUCCUGACAAGCUUGGUGUAACGCCAACCAACAACACCGCCCAGGCUAUCUUCUCGCCACAAGCUUGCGUAUUCGUAGCCAAUCUCACACAGUCAGAAUCUGAUGAGCAACUCGAAUAUGCAGUCACGGAAGCAUUUCAACGCUUUGGUAAUGUUUAUGUCAAGAUUAGACGUGAUGCUCGCCAGAUGCCUUUCGCAUUCGCUCAAUACACCACCGUUGAGGAUGCUCAGCAAGCAAUCACUCUGGGUCGUGGUAUGCUCAUUAAUGGUCGCCCUUGCCGCACGGAGGUCGCUCGUGUCAAUCGCUCACUCUACUUAUCCAAAAUAAAUGGCGCUACAGUGUCAGAAAUAGAAGCAAAGAAUAUCAUGGAAGGAUAUGGGCCCGUCGAGCUGGUCUGGUUAGCUACUCAGACCGAACGUGAAGUGUUUGGUUUGCCAGAAGGAAUAUUCAUUCGCUUUGCGUUCUUUGACGACUGCCGCGACGCUCUGGUGAGCUUCAGGGAUUCCUCAAUCUAUCGGCUCGAACAAGUCAAGGGUCUCGAAGAGUCUCGCUCUAGCCCCGCCGAUGGCGCUCAUCGAUCCAUAGCAUCACCUUAUAGGCGUGAGCUCGUUCCCAGAAUGUCUCCCGCUUUCACCCGACGCCACGCAGAUGCGCGUUCGAUUUUCAUUGGCAAUUUGGCUCCACAUCUAUCAGAGGAUCAGCUUCUGGGAAUGUUCCAAAUAUACGGUCGCGUUUCGCAUGUUGAAAUUAUUCGAAAACCGUCAAUGGUCAACGCAUCUGGUGUCAACGCGUUUGCCUUCAUUGAAUACGACAACGCCCAGUCGGCGGCGCUAGCAGUGCAGGCCGGUUCGCUCGCAUACCAAGGGCUACAGUUGAGAGUAGAGCAUAAGGAGCCUUAUAACUCUCCUUUACGCUCAUCCCCUAGCUUCAGCGGAAGCCCACGACGACCAGGCCUACUUGACUCUCAAGACAUGAUAAUAGCCUUCCAACGUGGGGUAUCCAUGGGUAUGAGUCAGGCGACCCAGGCCCAAUUAAUGCCACCCCCUUUCUAUCCGCAGUAUCAAUACUGUGCUCCGUAUAGUAAUUCCUCUUCGCAUUCAACCAUGCCUCCCUCCACCAACGACGCCGCAACCGCAGGUACUCAAGUCUUCACUGCCGGAUACAUGGGCCCAGUCUCUGGCCAGUACUCGUACACCGGCGCACCAGCACCAUAUGAACAGUAUCAGCAGCACCAUCAACAUCAACAGUACUAUGCUCCAAACGUUCCCAUCUCACAACUUCAAUAUCCAUCGGCGGCGGGCUAUGAGGAUGUUGCCAUCGCCAAUCCAGCGUCACUGCAUGAGAACCAUUGA